AUGGCGGCCUCGAGUCCUGUUAUCCAACCGGAAGAUGUGAACAGACUGCUGUAUGGACUGGCUGUGACUAAGGCAGGACGAGACGCGCUAGCAAGUGUGUUUAUGUGGUCGUACCGUGGCACCUUCCCAGUAGUGACUUACCUCACUCAGGACUUGGGGUACACCAAUGCUCAGUACAGGCGUGUCUUCGAUGAUUACCAGAGGGAUAAACUCGAAGUUUCCUCUGACGCGGCAACUUUUGACAUCACCCUGUUGUAUAAACUCCUGCAACUUGUGUGUGGUCUGGCUGAGAUGAAUGACCCCACGUGGACCACUCCAGGGCCUCAGGGACCAUCACUUGAACACCUCAUUCACAGCCUGAAGCAACACCGAAACACGUUGGCCCAUGAUAAUGUGAGAAUGUCAGAGCAAGAUCUUACGUCAACACUGACGGAGCUCAGUGACUUAUUGGCUAAGAUGCUGGCUGAGGCCGGCGUCCGGUGUGGGACAAACAGCGAGGAUGUGGACCAUGUGAUCAGAGAUGUCACCGAGUAUAUUGGUGGUCUGCUAGCGAAGUGGGUAGAGGACCCUGAUGCCAUACGUCACCUAGGCACUGUGGACCUCGUUUUCUAUGUACAGUGCAGGGACUCACAUCUUAAUACCUUCGAUGAUCUCCUCCGCCAGUUGCUGCCUCAAACACUUCGUGAUUCUGGUGCCGACUUCCAGCUGUUUAAGGAGAUAAUCUUGAGCUUAAAUAUAUUAGUCCUGAUUGACGGCUACGACCAGGUCAACGACCAUUCACUAAGGCUGGUGAAGGAGCUGUUGCACCUGCCUGGCAAGGAUGUGAGGUUGGUGAUAACAACACGGCCGGGGUGGGACCAACAACUGUCACAGCUCGUCCCACACACCAGACCUCGCUGCAACAUCCUCGUCUUGGGCAUCACUCCAGAACGUCGCGUGGAGUUCGCCGAGAGAACCAUGAAGGUGCUGGUGGAGGAAGAGAGCCAACGGAGUGUCAUCACAGGGAGGUUUACCCAGCGGCUGGAGCAGAUGAGUCAGUUCCUGGGUGAGUACCUCAAUACUCCACUCACCUUGACCUUGUUGGCGCUGCUGUGUGUCGAGGCUCCAGAAGAAUUUAACAACCUCACCACAAACACUCAAGUCUACGAGAAGAUUCAUGACUUCAUAACCAACAAACUGGUGUCCAGACUCACAGACAAACACGUGACCGAACCCAAAAGGAAAUGUGACAAGUUUUUGUUGUUCUUGGAAGAGAUUAGUUUAAGAGGGAUCCAGAGGAAGGAGUACGACCUUUGGCCGGAGACAGAAGCGGAGAUUAGGGUGAAGUGUGACACUCUGGGACUGCCGCAGGAGGAGGUCUUGUCCAACUAUUUCACAAGAACCAGCUACCGUCGGGGUCUCAGGGUGGUGUGGGUGUUUGGCUAUGUUCACGCUAGGUACCAGGAGUAUUGUGCCAGCAGGGGGCUGGUCGCUCUCUUGUUGAGGGCUGAGCAAGACCGAGGUGAUCCAGCAUCACACCGUGUGUCAGGGAAAAGGUCUAUAAUCAUUGACCUCUUGGUGGAUGUUGUACGUAAGGAAAGAGGAUCCUUGGGAGAUCACCUGAGAGGGUCAGAGUUUGAUAUUAGAGACGUGCAACAUGAGCUUAGGCAACUCUCCAGAUGGCAGAACAUUUUACUCAGCACUACCGGGGUGCUGUGUGCCCGGGGAGUAGAGCACAGGUUCAUUACUUACAUAAUUGACCUGUCCGAGAUGGUAACAAAUUCGACUGACGAGCUGUUGAAGCAUGUAGCAGAGUCCCGCGGGAGUGAGCACGUCAUCCAAGCCGUGUGUGAGAAGCUGCGUACAGAACUUUUGUGGACAAUAUGGAGUGUUGACUCGUGUGUUGUCCUGCCGCUUGUUCUUAAGAAGGUGACACCUAAGAACAUUUACCUAGUCAUAAACGAUACACCCCAACUAAAGCAGUGUCUGUCUACACUGUCAGUGCUGGCAAAAAUGAAGGUAACCAUAUACUUAGGUCUUGGCGAUAGUUUAUACAGCAAAGAUGGAAAUAUUGAUAAAUCAAAACAAUGUUUGGAGAGGCUGACAGCCCCCGACAGUGAGUGUACCUUAGAGGGGUUUGAUGGUGGCUUGCCUGAGGCAGCCAUACCCCUCCUGCCUCCCACCCUCGAGAUCCUCCACCUGCGCCUCACACUACAGCAACUGCCCGCCCUCAUCCGUCACCUGUCUCACCUUCCUCACCUGCAGGGUCUUGGCAUUGACCUAGACGCCAUGGGCUAUGUGGAAACCGGACACCCUGGACGCCACGGGCUACGCGGACCCGGACACCCUGGUCACUCUGCCGUGCCAGGAAAGGAGGCUCAACCUGAUCAUCAGGCGGGACCUCACUGAUGACGACCGCGCCAUAGACUGGUGCUGCCACCUGGCGGCUCAGCUGUGUCCUCCCUCAAGAAGACGGUGUAGUCUCCUGUGGUUCCGUGACACGCGUCUCACCAGUGUGGGAGGGGAGAGACUGCUGCGAGAACUUCACCGGAGGGGCGUCACUGGUCGCUUCCUUGCGAUUGGGAUCCGGGACAGUGAGGAGAACAAGAAGUACCUCCAAGAGCUCAGUGCGUCGCUGAACAAUUUUAAUAAUGUUGAUAUAUGGUAGAUUGUUGAGACCAGCCUCACGAGACCAAUAAUGUACAAGGACACAUCUACGAGGAGCUGGUUGUUGAGACCAGCCUCACGAGACCAAUAAUGUACAAGGACACAUCUACGAGGAGCUGGUUGUUGAGA